GGGGAUUCAAGCGCGUUAUAAGGCGAGGAGCCCGGGGCGUCCGAGACGCCGCGCUCGGAGCCGCGAGGGAACCGCCGCCCGCAUGGCCCCGGCCCGCCGCCCCGCCGGAGCCCGCCUGCUGCUCGUCUACGCGGGCCUGCUGGCCGCCGCCGCGGGCCUGGGGUCCCCGGAGCCUGGGGCGCCCUCGAGGAGCCGCGCCCGCAAGGAGCCGCCGCCCGGGAACGAGCUGCCCCGGGGCCCCGGGGAGAGCCGCGCGGGGCCGGCCGCUCGUCCGCCGGAGCCCACCGCUGAGCGUGCACACAGCGUCGACCCCCGGGACGCCUGGAUGCUCUUCGUCAGGCAGAGUGACAAGGGUGUCAAUGGCAAGAAGAGGAGCAGGGGCAAGGCCAAGAAGCUGAAGUUCGGCUUGCCAGGGCCCCCUGGGCCUCCCGGUCCCCAGGGCCCCCCAGGCCCCAUCAUCCCACCCGAGGCGCUGCUGAAGGAGUUCCAGCUGCUGCUGAAAGGCGCGGUGCGGCAGCGGGAGCGCGCGGAGCCCGAACCCUGUACGCGUGGCCCCGCCGGGCCGGUCGCUGCGAGCCUCGCCCCGGUCUCGGCCACCGCCGGGGAGGACGACGACGACGUGGCGGAGGACGUGCUGGCACUGCUGGCCGCGCCCCUGGCCCUGGGGCCGCGGGCGCCGCGCGUGGAGGCCGCUUUCCUCUGCCGCCUGCGCCGGGACGCGUUGGUGGAACGGCGCGCGCUGCACGAGCUUGGCAUCUACUACCUGCCCGACGCCGAGGGUGCCUUCCGCCGCGGCCCGGGCCUGAACUUGACCAGCGGCCAGUACAGGGCGCCCGUGGCUGGCUUCUACGCUCUCGCCGCCACGCUGCACGUGGCGCUCGGGGAGCCGCCGAGGAGGGGGCCGCCGCGCCCCCGGGACCACCUGCGCCUGCUCAUCUGCAUCCAGUCCCGGUGCCAGCGCAACGCCUCCCUGGAGGCCAUCAUGGGCCUGGAGAGCAGCAGUGAGCUCUUCACCAUCUCCGUGAAUGGUGUCCUGUACCUGCAGAUGGGGCAGUGGACCUCCGUGUUCUUGGACAACGCCAGCGGCUGCUCCCUCACAGUGCGCAGUGGCUCCCACUUCAGUGCUGUCCUUCUGGGCGUGUGAGCGGCCACCACAGGCCCUUCCUCUCAGGGGCAAAUGGAGCACAGAUUUAGACAAUGUGUGGACAGUGUCAGAGUAGCAGUGGCCACAUGGAGGAGGAGGCCCACCCGGAACUCUGCCCACACUGGCCACUGCAGUUCAGCCCACAGAGCCACUGCAGGCAGGCCUACGGACGUGACGCGCACGCUGGUGGUCCCGGAGCCAGGGUUGAUUCAGGACACCAUCUUGGGCUGUUAUCCAGGAAAGAAAGAGUUGGCGUGCCUGGGGGCACCUGCUAGUUCCCAGCUGCAGGCCGACUCUUUCCUGGCCUGCUCAGCACCUGCCCAGAUGGCCUCUGCGUCUUUCCUGUGCCCAGCCCCACCUUUUCCACCUCUCUUCAUGUUCUCAUGGAGUGCAGAGCGCACCAGCCAGGGCCCCUACCUGGGAGAGGGUCAGCUGACGCAGGGCUGAGGGGGCUGCCACAGGGAAGUACGCUGUGUGUUCUUACUGCUUAGAAGGGACGGGGGGUCACUCACCACUCCCCUGGUCUCCAUCUGGGCUCCUUGGUCUUCCCUGCUCCUCCCCUAACCGUGUUCUACCUGCCAGUGGAGCUGAGCACUGCCUAGUCUGGGCCAGAGGGACACUGGACAAGGGCCUUUGGGGGACAGUAAGUCUGGGCCCAGCUUCUAGUUCUAAUGUAUGCAAGAUUAACUCACAAAUUCACCUCAGAAGGCCUUUCCAAAUGGGAGCUCCACUCUUCCCCUCCUCUGCAAAUCUUUUCACAGCCAAGGCCCCUUCCACCCUCUCCAGAGGUGGAUGAGAUCCCUUUUCCCCUCCCCUCUGAGGUGCUGACUCACUGGUAGGAGCCACCCACCAGAGGAAAGAUCUAGAACGUCUUUACAGACUGGAGACAGCCGGGCCUGCUGACCCAUCAUCCGAAUAGCUGAAGCAGAGUCUUCCACCAGGGGCGCCAGGGCCUGGCUGGGUCCAGCGGCUCUGGGAUGAGCCUCCCAAGCAUCUUUCCCACUUGGGUGGCGACGCGGCGCUGACAUUGGACAGGUGGUGGACGAGAGAUGGUCCCGAGAAAGGGUGGUCUUGGGAGGGCUGGUCCCAAGCCUGCUGUGCUCCUGUGGCAGUGAUGGGGCCUGCGGAUGGGGACGGCAGCUCUCAUGAGGACACACAGGCUGUGAGCCCGCAGCCUCCUCAAAUGUAGCCUCCCACAUUUUCCCCAAAGUGCAGGACUGUCCCAGAGUAGGUAGUGAAGAGGACAAGGCCCUCGGCAGCGACCUCCAGGGCCUCCUACCUGCUGAGGAAGAGUUAACCCACUGCCUCCCCACACAACAGGCUACGAAGAACCUGGUGCCUCAGGACCUCCUGGGAGCCAAGCUGGUCUGGCAAGGGUGCUCAGGCCUGGGAGAGAAGGGAGCAAUGGCCAGUCACCUUCACCUUCUAACUAACUAGCCUCCGGAUGAGGUGGCUGCCACCAGGCCCAAAUGAUCCCCAGGAGCCCAGCUUCCAAACCCCAACACCGAAUCAAACAUCUCCAUCCCCAAGUGCAGUAACACACAAAAACCAAACACUCUGCCCUGGGAAAGGCCUGGUGCGAUUCUCAGUAGGACUCAUACCCACCCUACCUAGAAGUACUGGGCUGGCCUGGGUACUGCAUCCGUGUGUUUUGAUAAGGGGGUGAUGUGGCCACGCCCUUAUCUAGAUUUCACUUUGUAUCCACUGGGCACAGAUAUUCUAGAGAGCUUAUCUUUCACUCUUGUAAAAGCCACAUAUCCACAUCUCUUUCAUUUUCUCAGUGUGUUAUGCAGCAAUUUAUUAAAGUAUUUAUUGUCUAAUAAA